AUGUAUACCGUCCCGGGCAACAUUCCUGGUCCGAGCAACGCUCUCCAGAUUCAGAUUCCCUGUAUUGUCUUCUUCAUCGUCACGCCCAUCUUCCUGGGUAUUCGGAUAUGGUCGCGCUUCCAGCGAGGGCACCAUAUCGGUGCUGACGACUGGGCCAUCGCAGCUUCGUUCGUCUCUGCUGAGCUGGUCUCGGCACUCAUGAUGGUGUCGUGUGCAUAUGGGUUCGGCCAGCACAUCAAGAACCUCUCCACUGACAACAAAUUGAUGACAUUGAAGGUCUUCUACAUCGCCCAGAUCUUCUACAAACUCACCAUCAACAUGACCAAAGCCUCCAUCCUGCUGCUGUAUCUUCGCAUCUUUGUGCAGAAAUGGUUCCGCGUCUGUUGCUACAUUCUCUUGGGCGUUGUCGUCGCCUACAUGAUCGCCGCUGUCUGCGCUGCCAUCUGGCAAUGUACCCCGGUCGUGAGGGCAUGGGACAAGCGCGUCCCCGGCACCUGUAUCAGCAUCACUCAGAACUGGUAUGCCAACGCCGGCUACUCGAUCGCCACGGAUGUCCUCAUCCUGAUCUUGCCGCUGCAACCGCUCUACACCUCUGCCCUGCCCAGAGUCCAGAAGAUCGCCCUGAUGGCCGUCUUUCUUCUGGGUGGCUUCGUCACUAUCACGAGUAUCUUCCGCAUGCAAACUAUCGACUUUUCCACAACUAGCCCUGACACAACCUACGACGUUGCCUCCACGAUCUGGACGAUCAUCGAAGAACACCUCGGCAUUAUUUGCGCGUGCAUGCCCAUGUGCCGCCUGCCCCUGACCUACAUCUUCCCGCGCUUCUUCGGCACCAACGCCAAGAACUCGGUGGCCUCCAACUCGCACGGCCGCACGAUCGGCGGGGGGGUCAUGAGCGGCACCGGCAACCGCUCCUUUCGCCACGCGGGCACGAGCCGCAACGACUGGGUCCCCGAGGAGAAGGAGCGAGGCAUCUGCCUGACCACCGUCAACGGCCGGGGGAGCAGCAAGCCCGUGGGCAGCGACGACACGAGCGAGGAGUACAUCCUGUCCACGCCGGCACAGGAGAACCUGCACCGCAAGGGCUCCUCCUCCCACGAGCUCUCGGGCGGCAGGUCGACGCCCGAUGUCGAGACGGGAUACCGGGGGAUCCACAAAGUCACACAGUACGAAGUCACCUACGACGACCGACGAUAG